GGCCGUGCCGGGGGCGGGAGGGCGUCUGUGGUAGGAAGAGAGGCCCGCUCUGCCGGGCUCGCCCCAGUGCUCUGUGGGAUACUGGAAGUCUCGAGCGUCUCCUCCCCGGCUCGCGGCUCCGCUCCGGCCCGCUCUCGCAGACACGGUCGCACGCCCCCCGGCGUCCCCUCGCCUCCCUCGCCGCCGCCCCCUUCCCCCGCUCGCGAUAAGAAGAGCCGGCGGCAGGAGAGGGGAUGAAGAUGGCGGACGCGAAGCAGAAGCGGAACGAGCAGCUGAAGCGCUGGAUCGGCUCCGAGACGGACCUCGAGCCUCCCGUGGUGAAGCGCCAGAAGACCAAGGUGAAGUUCGACGAUGGCGCCGUCUUCCUCGCCGCCUGUUCCAGCGGCGACACGGACGAGGUCCUCAAGCUGCUGCACCGCGGCGCCGACAUCAAUUACGCCAAUGUGGACGGACUCACCGCCCUGCACCAGGCUUGCAUUGAUGACAAUGUUGAUAUGGUGAAGUUCCUGGUAGAAAAUGGAGCAAAUAUCAAUCAACCUGACAAUGAAGGCUGGAUACCACUCCACGCAGCUGCUUCCUGUGGAUAUCUCGAUAUUGCAGAGUUUCUGAUUGGUCAAGGCGCACAUGUAGGAGCUGUAAACAGUGAAGGAGACACACCUUUAGAUAUUGCGGAGGAGGAGGCAAUGGAAGAGCUGCUUCAGAAUGAGGUUAAUCGGCAAGGUGUUGAUAUAGAAGCAGCUCGAAAAGAAGAGGAGCGCAUAAUGCUUAGAGACGCGAGGCAGUGGUUAAACAGCGGUCACAUCAGUGACGUCCGCCAUGCAAAAUCUGGAGGCACAGCACUCCAUGUGGCAGCGGCCAAGGGCUAUACAGAAGUUUUAAAACUUUUAAUACAGGCAGGCUAUGAUGUUAAUAUUAAAGAUUAUGAUGGCUGGACACCUCUUCAUGCUGCAGCUCACUGGGGUAAAGAAGAAGCGUGUCGGAUUUUAGUGGACAAUCUGUGUGAUAUGGAGAUGGUCAACAAAGUGGGCCAAACAGCCUUUGAUGUGGCAGAUGAAGACAUUUUGGGAUAUCUAGAAGAGUUGCAGAAGAAACAAAACCUGCUCCACAGUGAGAAGCGGGAUAAGAAAUCCCCGCUCAUUGAGUCAACAGCAAAUAUGGAAAACAACCAACCACAGAAGACGUUUAAAAACAAGGAAACAUUGAUUAUUGAGCCAGAGAAAAAUGCAUCUCGCAUCGAGUCUCUGGAACAAGAAAAGGCUGAUGAGGAGGAGGAAGGCAAGAAGGAUGAGUCCAGCUGCUCCAGCGAGGAGGAUGAGGAGGACGACUCAGAGUCGGAAGCGGAGACAGAUAAGACAAAACCCAUGGCUUCUGUAACUAAUGCUCACACUUCCAGCACUCAAGCAGCCCCUGCAGCUGUCACAACACCUACUCUGUCUUCCAACCAGGGAACCCCUACAUCACCUAUUAAAAAGUUUCCAACAUCAACUACAAAAAUUUCUCCCAAAGAAGAAGAAAGAAAAGAUGAGUCUCCUGCAUCCUGGAGGUUAGGACUUAGAAAGACUGGCAGUUAUGGUGCCCUGGCUGAAAUCACUGCAUCUAAAGAAGCCCAGAAGGAGAAAGAUACUGCAGGUGUGAUCCGGUCAGCUUCAAGUCCGAGGCUCUCGUCCUCUUUGGAUAAUAAAGAAAAGGAGAAAGAUAAUAAAGGAACAAGACUUGCGUAUGUCGCCCCUACAAUCCCAAGGCGACUAGCCAGUACGUCUGACAUCGAAGAGAAGGAGAACAGAGAGUCUUCGAGUUUGCGAACAAGUAGUUCUUACACAAGAAGAAAAUGGGAAGAUGAUCUUAAAAAAAAUAGUUCAAUCAAUGAAGGAUCCACUUACCAUAGAAGUUGCUCCUUUGGUAGAAGACAAGAUGAUUUGAUUAGUUGUAGUGUUCCAAGCACCACAUCAACACCAACAGUUACCUCUGCAGCUGGGCUUCAGAAAAGCCUUCCUUCCAGCACAAGCACUACUGCAAAGACUCCCCUGGGCUCUUCCUCCGCAGGCACACAGAGCAGUACCUCAAAUCGUUUGUGGGCUGAGGAUAGUACUGAGAAAGAAAAGGACAGUGCUCCUACCGCAGUGACCAUUCCUGUUGCUCCAACUGUUGUAAAUGCUGCAGCUUCUUCUACCACAACCCUGACUACAACUACUGCUGGCACUGUUUCCUCCACAUCAGAGGUCAGGGAGAGACGCAGGUCAUACCUCACUCCUGUUAGGGACGAAGAGUCUGAAUCCCAAAGAAAAGCAAGAUCUAGACAAGCAAGACAGUCUAGACGGUCUACACAGGGGGUAACGCUGACUGAUCUUCAGGAAGCUGAAAAAACAAUAGGAAGAAGUCGUUCUACAAGAACCAGAGAACAAGAAAACGAAGAGAAAGAAAAAGAAGAAAAGGAAAAACAGGAUAAAGAGAAACAAGAAGAAAAGAAGGAGUCAGAAACAUCUAGAGAAGAUGAAUAUAAACAAAAGUAUUCUAGAACAUAUGAUGAGACUUACGCACGUUACAGACCAGUGUCAACUUCGAGUUCCAGCACGCCGUCAUCAUCGUCGUCCUCACUUUCUACUCUCGGCAGCUCGCUCUAUGCCUCAAGUCAGCUCAACAGGCCAAACAGUCUCGUAGGCAUAACCUCUGCCUACUCCCGGGGACUUGCCAAGGAGAGCGAGAGAGAGGGAGAGAAAAAAGAAGAAGAGAAAGAAGGGGAAGAUAAGUCACAGUCUAAAUCAAUCAGAGAACGACGGCGACCCAGAGAAAAACGACGGUCUACCGGAGUCUCCUUCUGGACACAAGAUAGUGAUGAAAAUGAACAAGAGCGGCAGUCGGACACUGAGGACAGCUCCAGCAAGAGGGACACGCAGACGGAUUCUGUUUCCAGGUAUGACAGCAGUUCCACAUCAUCAAGCGAUCGGUAUGAUUCCUUGCUGGGUCGUUCUGCUUCAUACAGUUACUUAGAAGAAAGAAAACCUUACAGUAGCCGGCUAGAAAAGGAUGAUUCAACUGACUUCAAAAAGCUUUAUGAACAAAUUUUAGCUGAAAAUGAGAAGCUAAAGGCACAACUACAUGAUACAAAUAUGGAACUAACGGAUCUAAAGUUGCAAUUGGAAAAGGCUACCCAGAGACAAGAACGAUUUGCUGAUAGGUCACUACUGGAGAUGGAGAAAAGGGAACGAAGAGCUCUAGAAAGAAGAAUAUCUGAAAUGGAAGAAGAGCUCAAAAUGUUACCAGACUUAAAAGCAGACAACCAGAGGCUAAAGGAUGAAAAUGGGGCCUUGAUCAGAGUUAUAAGCAAACUUUCCAAGUAGGACAGACACGGAAGAAAGCAGAGCAGCAGGACUUGCACACACUCCGCAGCGGACCACGUCGGCAGUCACUGGAGCCCGCCCGCGGGAAGAGCCCUCCCUCGGAGACUGUCAUUCCCGACAUCCUGCCAAAUGCCCUCUUAUCUAGGAGUUUGUUUCGUUUAAUUUUCUGCCCCCACCCCCUUGGUUUUCAAGACCAUUGUUUCAUGUUAAAGCAGCUGCUGAGAAGAUUCUUUUUUCAAUGACUGAGAAAACUUGUUUACAGCUCCAGCAAAUAAAGAAAGUGUUCAAGGCCAGAUAUGCCUCAGAUCUUUAACCAGUAAGCCUUAGUUGUACAUAAAUACUUCUGUGUCAACAAAACCUUCCAGCUCUCACACAAGACAGUCAGUCAACAGGUUUGUUGUUGGUGGGUUUUUUUUUCCUUUCCUUUCUCUUUUUGAUGUGCCACAGUUUCUAGUUCCUCAAUAUUUAAUUUGUUUGCUUUCCAUCUGAGUUUGGGUUUGUAAUUUUUCCUUCUAACUCUUCAUGUGUCAGAGUUUCUUCACUCUUCAACUUCAGAGUUUCUAUGUUCACAGCCUUCUCACAAAAAACUUCGCUCUUCUGAGCAUCUUGUCACGUGUUAGGCUGACGUGUUGUCUCCCACCUGGAACUGAAUUGCACGGUGGGCCUUGCUGUCACUGUUUGUGCAAUAUGCAUUUAUUUCUUACAUGAGUGCUUUAACGUCCACUGAGAUUUGAUUUUUCCAGUCCUAUCUUCUGCCCUCAUCCGUCACUUUCUGUUUUUUAUUGUAGUAUAAGAUGCUAGAUUCUGUACCCUUCACAUUCAUUUUAGCAGGUACUGAGUGACGCUGUAUAUAUAUAAAUGUAUUGUUUUGAUUUUUAGACCACCACAUGGCAUGCUCGACUAUUUUCUUAAUUCAAAUGUCUGCUAAUGCACAGUAGGCCACUCCAUAACGGUGUUUAAAACAGAACUUGCUCACAGUGGGACAGAGGACCUUAAAGGUCACACGGUUUAUGGAGCCCUAUCUUUAUAAGGUUUUCUACUGUAAAGAGCUUUUACUUUUGUUUUCAUUUGGUAGCAUUCAAACCUAAUUAUAAAGUUGAAUAAGAGAAUUGCUUCACAUUUCACAUGCCUAUAUUUAUCUGAGUGCUGUCUGAAACUGUUGUGCUAGCCACAGUCGUGCUAGGAGAUCCUUUGCAGACUUAGUCUGUGAGUAAUGUUAAUCAGUGCACUGUCAUAGCCAUGUGAGGGGCAUCAGCUUUGACACCGCCGUCAUGUUCAGACCGUUUUUAUACAUUUCAGUGGCCUUUUUUAAGGGAAAAAAAUAAGCAAAAUGAAGUCCAUAAUGAAAGUAGCUUUUAUUUGGACAAAUAACUUUUAUAUUUUCAUCAAACCAUGCAAAAAAAAUUACAUCUUCCUGGCAUAUAACUGUCUCCUUAACCACUGAACAGUUCAGCCAUUUGAAUAAAUUGUACAUUGUAAAGCUUAUAGUAGCUGACUGUAUUAUUGAGUGUAUUGUAUACUAUAUUAAAUGUGAAUUUGUACCCCUUCAUUUUAAAAGGUCAUUGUGUUCUACUGCCUAUUUUAGAUUACUUUGGGGAUGGGAAAGGGUGUUUUGGUAAGUAGAAUUUAAGUCCUCUCUCUUGAUUGGUUUUAUGAAGAUAUAAGGUUAUAUUCUUACUACCAAGCUCAGGAUUCUUUUAAAGGUACAAGGAUAGGUGUGAGGAUUUAUUUUUGGUUAUAUUUGAACUGUAUGAAUGGUGGGUCUAAAUACAGAGUAUUUCACGGUCUAAUAAGGAGGUAAAAUACGUGGAUAAUCGAUCAGUUUGAGUGACUGCAACAUGUUCUGGGUGCACAACAGUUAGGCAUGCUGUGGUUUAUAUCUGUGAAGUUUGGAUGCCUGUGAAGAAUGAUGAAAUACAUGUUUCUAAUACUUUAGUGUUUUGUAUUUAGGUUAUUUAUUCUUUGUAUCUAAAAUUGAACAGCUACUGUGCUAUAUUGACUUUAUUGGUAGUACUGAGCAGACCUUGUUUCUGCAUGAAACUAGUUGCAAAACCCACUAUUUUGGAAAUAAAAAAAUGUAUUUUGACAUAUACAAAUAAAAUGAAUAAAACUA